AGAAAAAAAUAAAAAGCAUGCUGCUGUCAUGCAGUGCGCAGUAGAAGUUCCCACUUGAGAGUUUCAAAGACAGACAAACGCGUCCCUUGAGAACCAUGGCGGGAAAUAUAAAAGAUAAAGAAGCAUAUCAACGUCUGAACUUCCUCUAUCAGGCUGCUCACUGCGCUUUGGCUCAAAAUCCAGAGAACACUGAACUGGCGAGAUUUUACUGCCUCACUCAGAAGACCAUCUCCAAACGACUGGUCCUCAGACAAGAUCCAUCACUAAAGAGAACCAUUUGCAAAAAAUGCUGCACUUUACUAAUACCAGGUGUCACAUCAACUGUACGACAAAAAAGAGGACCGAUGCGACAGCGUAAGACUGUUGUGCGAUGUUUAAGUUGUGGCCUGACUAAACAGUUUCCAAACAACCCAAAACAUAAACUGUGGGUGGAUCAACCGGAGGCUCAACUGGAAAACCAGACCUCACAUGAAGGUCCAACAUACCUGGAGAAAGGUAUACAUCAGCAUCUCGAUGGCAGAUGCUCGGCUGGCUUGGUCAUUACUGAUGGAAGUAUGAUCCCUGUAUGCUGCUAUCUUUUCUUCAUGGAUGGCCGUUAACGUUUUUUUCAGCCAAUCACCUGAGCUGUUUGUGACAUGUGACUGCUACACUACAAUAGAGGUCCUUGCAGCGGAUGGGAAAAAUAAAAUUCCAACGUCUAUGUUAAGCAUUUAUACAUCCUCAAAUAUGUUGAGUUUAUUUUUGUGCAUCCCAUUUUAUUUCCCGAUUUCCAAGCGUUCUUUUUUUAUCAGUGAAAGCUAAGUAAACGGGCUAAUCUGCUAGUGAAAUGCUAAUAUCAAAUAACAGAAUAAUAGUUAACAGAAUGCAAAGCUAGCCUGAUCGAACCAGUUAUCUCGUGACUUAACUGAAAAAACAAAAACAACAACAACAAUUCAUAGCUUUUAGUCACGUGACCAACUCGAAGACUUGGAGAGUUAAACAUCCGUAGAACUGCAGAACAAGCCUGUCAGUCGUCCAUCUGUUUCACAGCCGCAAAUAUUUCUAUCACCUCUCAAACGAAUAAAACAAGGUAUGUGAACAAAAUGCAAGUUUUGGCCAUUCGCAACCCAUGCUAAGGAGCCAUUAAACAGUGCGACAAAAAUUUUGAAGUGCCUUAAUAUAUUUAAAACAGUAAUAUUAAAAGAUCAAAUUCAGUAAUCAUCAUAUUAAUGAUGCGUAGUUUACAUAGACAAGCAGAUGAGGUCAGAAUAUGAACGCAAUCCGCUUAAUGGUUCAUUGUUUUCCUUCUAAAGGUUUUCUAUGGGAAACCAUUUAACGGGAAAGUUUGCACACUGUGUUUAUAUUCUGGGUUCAUCUGGUUGCCUGUACAAAAUAUACAUAAUAAUCAACAAGGUGUUUACUGAAAUUCGCAUUUUAAUGUCUGUGUUUUACUGCAUUACUACUUAAUAAUCAAUUGAAUGGAAAUGGAAACUUUUUUCCACUUCAAGCACUGGAUUUGAUGUCACAUGAAAACUAUCAAUUGUUCCUGUUUGUCAGUAAAAGCUAAGAUAGCAGGUUAGCCGGCUAUAUGCUAAUCUCACAGAUUAAUCUGUUACUGGUAUGUUAGAGUAGCAGGUUAAAUGUAGCACGAAGUUAAAGGGGCAUAUGACGAUGCUAGAAAUAAAAUUAUUAUGUGUUUUUGUUGCAAUGCAAUGAGUUAACGUGGUUUAUAGUUCAAAAAAUUCAUUAUUUUCCACACACUGUACAUUAUUGUUGCUCCUCUAUGCCCCGCCUUCUGAAACAAGUUGAUUUUUAUGAAGCAUAUCGAUCUGAAAAGUGAGGUGCGUUCUGAUUGGAUAGUAUACAAGUGCAUUAUGAUUGGCGGAUUAGCUCAAGCAUGUGAUGGAAAAUGUCAUGCCCCUUAUACCAUAUUUGGAAAAACUGCGUCUCCGUGAAACGAUGGCGGCAGCAACAAUACUACAGCGAGAAUAAAAGUUAUGCCUUCUUUAUGUAAAUAUUUGGGCAUUUGUAAACUUUCGUCCAUGCCUUUUAGAAGGACAUGGACGAGUCUUAACUUUUAUAAAGAAUAUCUCUUUGGGUUUGAAACAUUAAUUUUUGCAGCUUUAUGAAAUCUUUUUUGCAAAAACAGCUUGUAACACUCCAAAGAGAAAGGAAAACUUGAAAUCGCAUCAUAUAACCCCUUUUAGACAACAUGCAUUAUAUGCAAUUUUGUUCAAACGACACAAUUCUACUUUAACAUUGUAUCUAACGUCUAAUAUUGAAAUACACUAGUGCAGUCAAAUGAUUAAUCACAAU